CUGAUUGCAUCCCUCAAAAUUGACACAAAACUGCGUGUGAAAAAGACCCAAAGUUUUCGCAUACCUUUUGGGUGUCUAUUUAUCGACUGGAAAAGCGCGCGUUACAGAUCCAAAAGUGCGACUCUAAAGUCCCCAGAGCAAAAAUGUUGUAAAAAAAACCGUGCGGCCAGUAGACAAUCGUUGUUCUACUUCUCUAAAUAACACACACGGACACACACACGCGCGCGCCGCCGAGUGUCAACAGCUGCCCUGGCAAAAAAUGUCGGACAUUAACGAUGACCUGCUCAACUACGAGCUGGGCGACGACAUCGAUGACCAGGCUCUGCUUGGCGCCGACGAGGAUGAGUUGCUACUCUCGGACGAAGAGCUUGAAAGCGAGGUGAAGCAGCAAAUGCGCGCCGAGGCCGAGAAAUGGGCCCAGGAGCAGAUUAGCCAGCACGAGCGCAAGCACAAAGAGCAGUUGCAGGCAGGUGCUGUUGCAACGGCUGUUGUUGUUCCCUCUUUGCCUCCAACAGAUGUGGCACCUCCGAAGUCUUUCCCAGAGCCCACGACCAACACUCCUGCCCCUGCAGCUCCUGCCCCUGCUCUUGCUCCUGCUCCUGCAGGUCCUGCAGUCAAUUUGCCCAGCGGUACGGUGGAGAAACCCAUUGAAACCGCAGUUGCCACAGCAGAGCCAUUGGAUGAGCGCGUGGCAGCCCCUCAUGUCACCACAAACUUGGAUCCACCAGUCCAGCAAUCUAAAGAGGAGGUACCAAUCGCUCAUAGCGUCGAAAGGGAAGCUCCACAGAACAAUGGCAAUGGCGAGGAGGCAGCUGAGAAUGCGGCCAGUCAGAGUGAGGGUGAACAAGGAUUGGGUUUGUGUUCGCUAUUGGCGUCCUCCCAGGAGAGCCUGCCUAGUGCCAGCUCAGCCUCCAUAAUCUCAGAGCUACCCGAUCCACGUGAAGACGAGGAAGAGCGCGAGGAGCGCACCAACUACAAGACGGCCAGUGAACGGGCCGAUAAUAAUAUGAGGCAACAACAAGAACACGCACACAUGUCGCCCUACCAGCACCAGCAGCGGCGACACCACGGCCAUGGAGACAAACCUCGCGUCGGCGGAGGUGGACGUUUUAUGCAUGGCCAGCAGCAGAGCCAGAUGGGCAAGCCGCCGCGCGGAAUUGGAACUCGUCACCAUCUGCUACGCAAUCCAUCGCCAAUGUUUGGCGUUCAGCAGCAGCGCAUGACCAUGGCCGGAAUGCAGCCACCGCCACAGCGAUAUGGCAUGCCGGGUAAUGCUCCACCACCGCAGCACCUAGCUCUGAUGAGCACGCCAGUGGGUGCUGCUUCCACCGCCGCCUGCCUCCUUCCACUAACCGUUCCCGUGUCCCCGCUAACCCUGUCAAUAUCACAAGCCCAUUCAAACCAUCAAGCCCAUCAGCAACAACAGCAAACACUGAACAAUCCGACAUUCAUUCCAAUUCCAGGCCAGUACCCGUCAACUCAGCCACCCAACCAGUCACCACAACAAGCACCGACCAACACACAACAGCCACACAGCGCUCCUGCCUCUCCCCUCCACACUCCCACGCAUUCGCACAUGAUGCACCACAGUCACAACCCGAACGGAGGUGUGCCGCCCCACCUGCUGCCCCAUCCGCACGAGCAGGUGCGUGUUGGUCUGCUGCAGCCACCGCCGUUAGCGUUCGCCCAAAAUCCCGGCGGGUAUCGAAACGGAGCUCUUCUUGGUCCGGGACCUGGACCUGGGCCGCAUCAACAACACCAGUCGCCACACCAGCAGCAGUCUGGCAUGCGUCCACCGCUGUAUCGCAACGCCCCGCCCUCGUAUGGCUACGACCAGGGCCAUCCACCACAGCAUCCGCCGCAAUUUAUGCGUCCGCACAACGGCUGGCGGCCGCAGGGUGACAAUACACGUAUGCAGCGACCUCCACUGCAGACCCUGCCACUGCACAUGAUGCCAGGCGCACCGCCAAAUUACGCCAACGGCAUGGGGAUGAGGGUUCCAACGCCCCAACAGCAACAGUCACAGCAGCAACAGCAACAGCCGGUGCCGCAGCAAUCGGCACAUCCUUCGCAGCAGCCUGGUAAUCCCGGCCAGCAGCAGCAACAACCGAAUGGACCGCCGCAGCAGCAGGGUUCGUCAUCGGUUCCACGAGUCAGUAAGGUGCUCAUCAAUCCGAAUUUCAAAGGCGGAGUAGAGGCAGCUACAAACAAGUUUAUUAAGGAAACUCAUUUUAUGCCCGCUAUUAACAGCGAGGCCGAGUUGCUGCGUCAGCAGGAAGAAUUCAUCAAUAAAAACCGGCAGUACUUUGAGAAGCGACGGAUGGAACGUUCGCCUCCGUCAGCAGGCUCCAACUCAGGAGCAGUUUCCUCUGGACAGGCAGGCGAAAGGAGGAGAACUCGCAGUCGCAGUCGGUCUCGGGGACGCAGCUACUCACCUGUGAAGCGAAUGGAAAGAGAACGCGAUCGAGAUCGGGAGCGCGAGCGUGAGCGGGAUAGGGAAAGGGAGCGAGAUCGUGAGCGAUAUGGCGGCAACCGGGCGGCAGGAAAUCGAGGAUUCCGACGAGCAUCCAGUCGGGAUCGAGAUGAGAAUCGUGGUGGAGCGGGCGCCGGCAGUGCCCAAGGAGCGGGCGGAGCAACAGCCAGCGGUGCGGCGCCACCAAAGCGACGAAGAAGUGGUUCAGCCGGGACAGGCUCUGCCCGAAAUCCAUUUUCUGGCGAGCCACGUGGCCGGCCCUCAGAAGCAGGCAGCCGCAGUAUGCCCAGUGACGAAGACGAAGAGACCCGCAACUACCGCCUGGAGAUUGAGAAGCAAAAGCAAUUACGCGAAAAGAUUAUGCGGGACAAAGAGCUGAAACGUCGGCGCGCGGCUGAGGAGAAACAACACGAGGAAAAACGCGCCGAGCAGCACAAUUCACCAGCCCGUGAUGAUCAGGAAGUGGCCACCGGACACGGAUCUGCAGUGUCGACAGCUACAGCGUCAAAACAUCGUCCUGCCCAGUCGGCUGGCGGCGAACGUAAGGUGAUCUCGUUAAAACGUCGCGACGAUCAGGAUCCCAGCAACGCUCGCAACAGGCAGCAAUCAUCGCAGUCCCAGUCGCAGUCCAAUGCUCAGCCAAGCCAGGGCCAACAGCAGCCGGCGCGCAAGCAAUUGACGGCGGCAAAGAUAGCGCCGGAGGCUAAACGCAGUAUAACCGACCACCUGGCUCCUCCCUCAAAACAGCAGCAUCAUCAUCAGCAACAGCAGUCGGUGAAUGCAUCAGUUCCGGCGAGAACGGCAGGAGGAGGAGGAGCUGUGGCUGGCGGCACGCCACCGAAGUCGCGCGAUAUGCUCCGCCUGGGUACGCUCAGCGACGAUGAAGUGGAGUUAGACUAUGAUGACGAUGACCUGCUGCUGGACGAGGAGGAUCGUUUGUUGGCCACGCCGUCGCCGCCACCACAAAAGGUGAGCAGCAAGAGAUCGGCCACUCCAGAGUUGUUGGUGGUCAAGCGGAAUCACAAGGUGAUGCGCGGCGGCAGCUCCACGUCAGCUCCCAGCUUUAGUUCCAACCAACGGCGGGUGGUGUUGAAACCCACUAGCAAUGGCAGCAGCGGUGGAGAUCAACAGCAGUCAUCGCAUGGCGGCAGACAGAGGGAUAGAAGGCAACGAGAGGACAACGCAUUGCAACGGAAAGGUGGCGCAGGAGGUGGCGGUGGAGGAGGAAGCAGCUCGGGAUCCGGAGUAGCGGUGUUCGAUCGACUGGAUAAACGGCAGGCCUCCUCGGGAGGAAACAGCGGUGGGAGCAGCCACAAGCAGCGCUCCAAGGCGCCCGCCCGCAUCGUACUCAAGCACGAUUGAUAAGAAAAUCUAGUUUAAGAAUAAACUUUUUUAUAUCGGUUAUCUCUGUAGUGGAUAAGAGAUGUACGACGUUGCGGAGGUGUAGUUGAGUAAGAGGAACUUUAGCUUUAAGUUAUAAAGUUGCAACUUGUUGAUCUGUAGACUUGUAUACUCGAAGUCUACAUAAAUAGCGGUUUAUAUAUAUACACACACACAUAUAUAUAUACAUAUAUAUAUAUGUACAUGUCAUGUAUUUGGUGAGUAUGAGUAUGAGUGUCUACACCGUACUCCAUACGGACGGUAUACAUAAGCAUUAACAAAAACCAACAUAUAUUCAUUUAGGUUUAAGUGUAAAAAUCUUAUCAAUGACUAAAACGUGCUUCGUUUUCUUAACCGCAAUUUGUAUUUAAAAUUAGAAUUAAGUGGGAUGCUUAAAGCUUGACCUGGACUACAAAACCAAUUACCACAAUUAUAGCCACACAACUAGAACCCAAAAAUGCAGUUAUAGGCUAUAUAUAUAAUCAAUUGAAAUAUAUAUAUAUAUAUAUAUAUAUAUUUACACUACUUUAUAUAUACAUAUAAUUUAUAAAUGCUUCAGCUUUAGCAUUAAGUGAAUGAGAAGAGCGUCUUGCUUUUAACGAGGACGUAUCUAAAUGAUUUUAUUGAAAGUAAAGAGGACAAAAUCCAUAAAAAAGAAAAACCAACAAUUAACAAGCGCAAAUGCUCUUAAGGAAUUUACCUUGUAUUUAAAUUAUAACCCUGUCUCCUAGAUGUUUGUUUAUAGUUCUAUUUUUUUUUUUUUUAACAUUGUGUCCCGUUGAAUGUAAAUGAAAUUUAUUGUCUGUGCUAUUGUGUUCUAUAUAACUACUUUAAAUCAUAAUACAAGACUAUGUUUGCUUGUGAAUUAGAUUAACUAAUAAACUGGAUAAAAAAAAAUUGUAGCAUAUUACGUAAUAUGUACACAGAAAGCAAUACCAUAAUGGCCUGAGAAAAUGCAGACACAUAGAAUGGUAUCGAUAAAACUGGGAAUGCAGAAAGAUCAAACCAUACAAUAGCCAUAGCAUAUAGAAUAGCACAUACCCUACAUACACAACAACAACAACAACAACAACAAUAAGAGGGCCAGUUCAGUGAUUGAAAUCCUAGCCAUUAAGUAACUGUAAAUACCGCACACACACACACACACACACACAUACUCCAUUCACUUAGCCACAUUUCUGUAAAGGUACCACACUCUGAAAGCUGAGAACAUUAUCCGAUCUAGAACAACAGCCAUAACUCCAUCAAGAUUAUUCGUUAUAAUCAAAUAAUGCAGAAUGCCUAGACUAAAGAGAUUGUUAAAUUAUUGUCACUUCCACUCCCACUACCACUAUCACUCCCACUAAAAAACAAACAAACAUACUUAAUACCUUGAAACGAUCUGCAAGAACUUUUGUAUUUGGACAACAAAAAUAUUAAGCAAACGUUGUACUUUGCAAUUAUUCUCAGCGGAGAAUAUUUAGAAACUCUUAUUGUAUUGAUAAGCUCAUUGAUAUGUUAAUAUGAGUCAUUUGAAUUGUAACUAAGCUAGCUAACUAGAUAAAGAAAAGGCCAAGGCCCGUCAAAGGGAUAUGGCAAAACUAUAUAAUAUGAUAAUGAAAAUAUAAUGAAACCGCUCUAUUAUAAUCAAAUCGAAUCCCAAUUUGGUCCAAGUAAGUCCAUAAUUGAGCUAUGCAUGUGAAAACAAAAACAAAAACAAAAGCAAAAAGAUAAACCCAUAGAGAUAUAUUUAUAAUUGUGUAAUCUAUGAGGCAAUGAUCCGAUUCGGUAAAUGCCUAAAAAUCUGUAUUUUGUUGAGGGUUGCAACGCUAGAAAAUUAUAAGAUAUAAAUGGAAGCGCAUAAAAAAAAAAAAAAAUCGUAUAUGCCUAGGUAUACGUAUAAUUCUAGUAAUCGUAAUGCUACACAAUAUGAUAAUAUAUGGACUAAUAAAAAACAAUUAUACUACGUGCACACAUACAACCGUGCGACAGCAUAA